AGAAUCAAGACCGUGACGUUCAAUUUCUAAUGCAAAAGGGGAAAACGCGCUGCUGGUACACUGACUGCUUUUCUAUGUCGCUAACGCCACCAAAAAACCCAAACUGGUGCUUUAUUAUUAUUGGGAGAUAGAUAGAGAAAUCAGAAUAUCCGAGGAGUCAUGAACGCAGCAAGGAAAGUUGUCAGUGGGAAGGCUUCAAGAUGGUGAAAUUUGGGCUCCAGUUCAAAGCCACUCUGGAGAAUGUCACCAACGUGAGACCACUGGGAGAAGACUUCCGCUGGUUUCUGAAGCUGAAGUGUGGGAACUGUGGCGAGAUCCCGGACAAAUGGCAGUAUGUUACCCUAGUGGAGAGUGUGCCACUGAAAGGAGGAAGAGGCAGUGCCAGCAUGGUGCAGAAGUGUAAACUCUGUGCUAGGGAAAAUUCAAUUGAUAUCCUGGGAGACACAAUCACACCUUAUAACGCCGAGGACAGUGAAAGCUUCAAAACAAUGGUGCAGUUUGAGUGUCGAGGUUUGGAGCCUGUUGACUUCCAACCACAAGCUGGCUUUGCUGCACAAGGAGCAGAGUCUGGGACACCAUUUCCUGAUAUCAACCUACUCGAAAAAGACUGGACCGACUAUGAUGAGAAAGUCAGCGAGUCGGUGGGAAUAUACGAGGUCACGCACAAGUUCAUCAAGUGCUGAUGCUGCGGUCAUCAUGUGAUGAGCCUCUGAGGAGGGAGAAUGAACACUACGGCCAAACAUCUUCAGGCCUGUUUCCCGGAAACAGCAACGCUUCAGACUCUGAGGUGGCUUGGUUUGGUUGACGAUGAACAUUAGGAGUCAUGGAUUAACAGCACAGGUUGCCUCCAUACACACAUCUGGGAUUGAUCGACGUGCUCAACGGAGAAGGCUUCUGGGUUUUUUUUUCACUGUCUCAAUAAAAUUGAAGGGUGAAACUUU